AUGGACUACAACAAGCGUGAAGUCGCGGAGCGCUACAAGUCCGCGGAACCGAUCACCGCGCCCUACGCCGCGCACCUCGUCGCACAGAGCGGGCUCGACCGUGCGGACGGCACCACCGACCUCGUCGUGCUCGACAACGGCUGCGGCGCCGGCGUCGCCACGCACACCCUCCUCGCGCGCAUCCCGCCGUCGGCCCGCGCGCGGCUCCGGGUCGUGUGCGGGGACAUCUCCCAGCCGAUGAUCGAGGCCGUCGAGGCGCGGAUCAAGGUCGAGGGGUGGACGGACGUGAGCGCGAGGGUGCUCGACGCGCAGAAACUGGACUUGCCGGAUGAGACGUUCACGCACGUGCUCACGAACUUCGCCGCGUUCCACCUGCUCGCGCCGCGCGCGGCCCUGCGCGAGGCCCUCCGCGUCCUGCUCCCGGGCGGCGUGCACGCGUUCACGGUGUGGAAGACGAUCGGGUGGUACCCGUUCGCGGUGCGCGCGGUUGCGCGGAUCCCGGACGCGCCCACGAUGCCGAGCCCGGCGAGGUUCGUCGCGAACAGCAUGAAGAUAGCCGAGGACGGGCUGCGGUGGGCGGAGCCGGCGUUCUUCGAGGCGCGGGUGCGGGAGGCGGGGUAUAGGGACGUGGAGGUGGUGCUGAAGGAGAACGUGUGGCGGGUCAGGGGCGUGGAGGAGUACAUGGGCGUGUGCGGGAAGCUGGCGGUGGGGGCGUUCGAGGACUGGACGGAGGAGCAGCGGGAGUACGUGAGCGAGGCGUACGGCGAGGCGUUGAGGGCGGUGCUGGUGGAGGAGUUCGGAGAUGGGGAGGUGGUGACCACCUGGGAGGCCUACUGUGUUACCGCGAGGAAAGAGUGA